ACAGAACCUCAAACAAGAAGAAACGCAGCAUAGACAGUGACAGAGAGACUCUGUGAAAGAGAGAGAGAUUUCGCAAUUCGUAAACCCUAAUCAACGAGAUCGGCGAUGGCUUCCUCCAAGGAUCGCGAGAACUUUGUCUACAUCGCUAAGCUCGCUGAGCAAGCCGAACGAUACGAAGAGAUGGUGGAUUCGAUGAAGAAUGUUGCGAAUCUCGAUGUUGAACUGACUAUUGAAGAGAGGAAUUUGCUUUCUGUUGGUUAUAAGAAUGUGAUCGGUGCUCGCAGAGCGUCGUGGAGGAUUCUGUCUUCCAUUGAGCAAAAGGAGGAGUCGAAGGGGAAUGAUGUAAACGCGAAACGGAUUAAGGAGUAUAGGCAUAAGGUUGAGACUGAGCUUUCUAACAUCUGUAUUGAUGUUAUGAGAGUGAUUGAUGAACACCUUAUACCUUCAGCUGCAGCUGGUGAAUCGACUGUGUUUUACUAUAAGAUGAAAGGAGAUUAUUAUCGUUACCUUGCGGAAUUUAAGACAGGGAAUGAGAAGAAGGAGGCUGGUGAUCAGUCAAUGAAAGCAUAUGAGUCUGCUACCACUGCAGCAGAGGCUGAAUUACCCCCCACUCAUCCCAUUCGAUUGGGUCUGGCUUUGAAUUUCUCAGUUUUCUAUUAUGAGAUCUUGAAUUCACCAGAAAGAGCCUGCCAUCUUGCAAAGCAGGCAUUUGAUGAAGCUAUUUCAGAGCUCGACACCUUGAAUGAGGAGUCCUACAAAGAUAGUACACUGAUCAUGCAACUUCUCAGGGACAACCUGACUCUUUGGACUUCUGACAUCCCAGAAGAUGGAGAAGAUUCCCAGAAAGCAAAUGGCAACGCCAAGUUUGGUGGAGGUGAUGAUGCAGAGUGAGGCUGGUGUAUGGUGGGAACUUCCUUAGGAUUUGAUGCAGGUGUUUGAGUAUGAAACAUUAGGGCUGAUUACUUAUUUGUGUACUAGCUAGAGUUAGGGUUCCAUUGUUUCUCUUUCUCUGUUUCUUGUCAAUUGGCCAUACUUUCCCAUAGAGGAAAACAAAACUCCAUUUGUGCUAUAUUAUGAUUAUGUUUUUAUUUGUGUGGUGUCUUGAAAUGGCCUGUUUCACUCCUCAGCACCUCUUUCUGUCUUUGGGAGAUUGAUUUUAUGAGGAUUGUUCUUGCUGUAUUUCCAGUUCCAAUGAAAUGCUUCACUUUUAUAUGGA